UUCACAGGAAGCUGGCACCAUCUCCCCUUGGGAGUGUCAACUCUGCCUUGAGAGUUAUGAUGAGACACACAGACGGCCACGCUCUCUAUACUGUGGCCAUCCAUUCUGCUCACCCUGCAUCACCAGCUUGAUUGAUAAUGGUCAGCUCACAUGUCCCACCUGUCGUGUCGUUCAUAAAGUUACCAGAAAUACUGAAUUUCCCAUCAACUUUGGCAUGGAGGAUGUUUUUAGAUCAUUAAAGUCUCUGCAGGUUACACCUGUAGUAACAGCUAAACCUGUCCAAGACCCAUCAAGAGCCAUCAGCAAGAACCUACAAGCUCUGAUGCUGGAACAGGAAAAUGAUAUGAAGAGCCGUGAUCCCAUCUGCCAAGAUUUAUUGCAACAGAUGGAUGAGUAUGAUGCUGAGUUGGUAAAAUCCCAGAAAGAUCAUGAACAAAUUCUUACAAGAUUGAAUAGUUUAGUUAAACAGAACAAGCUAGCAUUACAACUCCAGCAGGAGCAAAGGAAUAUUAUACAAACUAUGAGGAAAGAUUUUGAAGAGCAGAGAAAGCAACGAAACACCAUACAGGAGUGCAUGACCUCGGUCAGCACUACUCAGGAAGCUCUCACUGCUGUCGAGGAUCUGCUAAGCUGCUUAACAGGGAUGAAAAACUGGAUUCAAAAGUGUCAGGAGCUGUUUCCUGAUGUUAAAGCUAUUCACACAUCAAUGAAGGUGCGAGAGGUCAGCAGGAUGGCUCUUGACAAUGUGAUCAUGGACGACAGCAGUAUGGAGGCCAUCCCCGUCCACCUGGACACUGUCAUUCACGAAAAGAAAAUCCUCCACCAUCAUGGAAAAAUUCAAGCUGAUUACAUUUUCUGUAAGUUUGCAAACAUUAUGGGAGUAUCAUAUAUCGAAAUAAUCUUUUUAGCAUUCUUAUCUAGACAUCAAACUUACAAAUAACAGUGUUUGAACAUUUUCAGUGUUGGGCCAAGAAUAGAAAAUCCCCAUAAUCUCAACAUGUUUUAGGUUCGUGAGGGUUAAGAAUAUGAAUUACCUAAGCAAUGAUUAUAAGAAACUCUGUGCAGUGGUAACAGAGAAAGAAUAUUUAUACAUAGCGGGUAAAUGUAAGGGAAUUGAUAAUUUGUUUCAGAUGGUUAGAGAUGUGUGAAAUUGAGUUUCAAUAAUGUUGGUUAUGCAACAGAUGGUAUUAGUAUUUAAAUGAGUUUGGAGUCUGAGCUUUUGUGACUCAGUGUCCUAGAGCUUCUGACCCUGUUAGGAGAAAGCAAUAUUUAUGAUUAAGGGUUCUUUACAUUGCUACCCUCCCUGCUCCAGCUGCACUCUGGGAGAGAUUGGUAGGUGCCAGGUGAAAGCACAUAAUUCUGCACCAGUUGUUAACUCUCCUUCCAGGAUAGGAGUAAGAUUCCAUGUGGGUGCUUGUUGUCAGAUCUGUAGACCUCAGGUGUCCUGUUCAUUGCACUACCUGUGUUGGUCAGGUUUCUCUUAUGAUGUCAUAAACUUCAUUAUGCAUCACAUACCAUCCCAAGGAGGCCCCACAGCUGAGGGUAUUGCUGUAUAUGUAUAAAUAAGGUUUAAAAAUGAAGGACUGUUCCUGCAUGGAGGGUCAAUGGGUCAGGGUGAGUGUCUCAGUAGGCUAGAAUAGCUAGUACAGUGGUCCCUCGGUUAACGAGCUCCUCGGUUAACGAG